AUGAAGCUUGACAUACAAGAGUCCAAACUCGCAAAACCCGAUAUGUCUACUGCUACCGAGCUGCGGCCUACUGAGCCGCUCUCGUUCUCCAUCUCAUCCAAACAUGCAAAUGUAUUACCUCCAUUGAGCAAACACAACGACACGGUCAAUAUGGAAGAAGCAAUCCACCUUGCUUACCUCUGCCGCAAGAGCCUCAUCGACCUCGACCAGCACUUACCCGACUUCAAUCCUUCUCAUCCCUUCACUGCAGAUGAGAUAAUUGCCCUGCCACUGAACAAGCAUCGUAUCGACGAUGCUCUCCAUGACCUUCCUCGUCGCAAAUCUGCUCGCCAUAACUUGGCCGUAGCUGUUGCCCCGAUGCUUUAUCCUGUGCACCAAGGUUCGCUGACGGCCAUUAUCCGCUUUGAUGCGGACCGUGUACGCCUCCGUGCCUGGGCCGCCCUGCAGCGACGAUAUGACAUGUUGAUGGCCACUAUUCGGAACGGCCACACUACCAAAGGCCUGUCUAGCGGUGCUGCCCCUGGUGUGCAAGCACCUGUCUGGGCUUCCCGUAUCCUGUCUCAGGGUAUCUGGCACCCUGAAAAGCACCCAAUUUCUCUCGACGGUGUGCCAGCUAUUCCCAUGCCAGUCGCGAUCGCCCACGAGGCUGAUCUUGCACCGUUCUUGAGCCAUCUAGAGAGCGGCGGCACGCAUGAGCUGGAUGGCCACAAGAGGGGCUUUGAACUCGACGGUGGACGAGGUGAGCCGUACUAUGGUGUCAAAGGCGCCGAGUUCCGCAAAGGUGUCGUCUACGAAGAUGGCCGUAUGGACCUUUGUAAGAUGGUUGUUGGCCCCGACCACAUUGGCAAGCUGAUGGACUCACUUCGACCAAACAAGUUUGUCCGGCAUUUCCUUCUGGGCAAUAACAUCAUUGGUCCCGUCGGAGCUUAUGAAAUUGCCAACUUUAUUAUCGACCUCCCUGACCGAAUGGACACUUGGUAUCUUGCUGGUAAUUGCAUUGAUGGACCGAGCUUCAAGAUUCUUGUUAAUGCCAUGGUAAAAUCCGAGGCUAUCACUAACAUUUGGUUAAAACGCAACCCACUUGGCCCAGACGCCUCUGAGGAUGUGUAUCGCCUCAUUACUGGCGUUAAGAAUUUGCGAACACUCGAUCUUGACCAGACUCAACUCGGCGAUCGAGGAGUCGCACAUCUUUUCAGCCGCUUAGCUGGCCAUAAGAUGACCGAGGGUGCCAAGCUUUCCCUUAAGCACAUCUAUCUCAACGGUAACGGAAUCUCGGCCGAAGGCGCCAAGGCCAUUGGCAAGUUCCUUUUGUCACCGCACUGCGGCUUGACCUCCGUUUACAUGUCAUCAAAUCCAUUGGGCGACGAUGGCGUAGAUGCCCUGGCCCAAGCACUGCCAAAGGCGCCGUAUCUGACUCGAUUGCUCUUACAGUCGAUUGGGGUCAGCACCAAAGGUGCCAUAGGGCUGUGCAAGGCUGCUACCGGGCAUCCUGCACUCGAGGUGUUUGACCUUGGCCAGGCAUACGCUACCCAGGAUCUCGGACAAGCCUACAACUACAUCGAGGAUGGAGCUGUACCUGUAAUUCAGAGCUUGGUGCAGACCAGGAGCCACCUGGCUUACAUCAACUUUGGACACAUGCCCAUGACACCUCCGGCGGUCAUGGCCAUAUCUGAAGCAGUUCGUAAGAGCCCAACCCUCGUCUGCUUCUCGGCCUAUUCAGUUCUGCCAGACCCAAGCCUCAAACCGGCAACAUUCAAGCCCACAGUCGACACUCGUUUUGCCAACCCCUCUGAGCAGACCAGGCCACAGAUCGAAUUGACCAAGGCUGUGCAGGAUCAUCUUGCUGCCAAUGUAAAGGACAGAUAUGGUGAGGAUACAUCGUACAACCAGUUCAUGGAGGAGGAGCGACGAUGGCUCGUCAGCGACAAGACUGAUGUGCGCAAGAUUGACAGCGUGUAUCGUAACCGUGAUGCUGGACUUGCUCGUCGUCGACUCUUGACCUUGAUCAAGAACUGGGAGGAGGGUGAUGAGACUCUGGAACGAGUUAUGGGUGCUCAUAUGCCAAAGGGUCGCACAGCGAUGCCUCAAAAGCGCAAGCGAGCAGAACAAGACCCCGCUGAUUGCGAUUCUCAGCAAUCCGCUGCUAUUUCUGCCUCUCCUAAACCCACCGUCGCGCGUCGAGCGACGCGUCAAACCCCGGCUCCGCCACCAGCAUCGUCACAACCUCAACCACGCACUGAAACAGCUGUUCCGCCGCCUUCAAUUCCGACCUUAUUAUCUAGUUCUCCGAGGACGACUUCUCCAACACAGAAUCGUAAGCGUACGCCGAUAACCCGAUCUCAGCCGCCCAAGGCGCAAUCCAAUACUACUAUCGCCCCAGACCAGGUGCAAUCGCAAUCGCAAUCACAAUCACAAUCGCAAACAUCACCUCCUGUACUGCGAUGGGCUCCGCUUGAACAACCAGGUCCAGAAACAAGGCCUCCUCCAGCAACGAUGACGGCCGUUCCACCUCCACGACCUACUGCUGCUGGUGGUCGUCCGCUUUCAGAUUUGGUAGCGCCUGAAAUUACUUAUCACGUCCCUCAUUCGCAUACGAACUCAUUACAGCGACCUUCAGCUCUUGUUAGACCCCAUGGCCCUACAGCGCAACCACCGCGUAUGCUCGAAAGACCGCCGCCUCCUACAGUCACACCAGUCCACCCUCCGAAGCCACCUCCAGCCCCAUCCGUACGCCCGCCUCUACGAACCGACCGCAACAUCGACAAAGUCGUUCUAGGUAAUAUGUGUUUUAGCACGUGGUAUCCCAGCUGUUAUGGAAAGGAAGUGCUCGGUGAGUCAUCAGGGCAUCCGGCCAAGACAGGCAGCAAAGAGGCAGGCGCCAAAGGCCAGGCCAUUAGAGGACGCAAGGUCUACAUUCACCCUCAGGGGCGCAGAAAGAUCCUCGUGCCGUAUGAUAACAAAGCUUCUGGACCCAAGCGGCGGAAGGGAGAAGGAAACAUUCGAUAUGUAGAAGAAUUGGUACAGGACGAGGGAGAAUGGAGUAUUUGGGAGGUGGAUGGUGAGAAGGACGGGCUCUUUUGUCAAAACCUGUCGCUCUUUGCGAAGCUAUUUCUCGACAACAAGUCUGUAUUCUUUGAUGUUACAGGCUUCAACUACUUCUUGCUCGUCUAUACACCCCCGGCCCGGCCCUCUAUCAUAUCGAUAGAACCUGAACUUCCACUUCCUCGCAUCAUUGGGUUCUUCUCUAAAGAGAAAAUGUCAUGGGAUAGCAACAACCUCGCCUGCAUCCUCAUCUUCCCACCAUGGCAGCGCAAAGGUCUCGGGGCCCUGCUAAUGGGAGCUUCCUACGAGAUCUCAAGAAGAGAAGGGAUUCUGGGUGGACCUGAAAAGCCUAUUUCCGAUCUUGGCAGAAAGGGCUAUAAGCGUUACUGGGCUGGUGAAAUCGCAAGGUGGCUACUAAAUAUCGAGUUAGACACCAGGAGCCCCGAGAAUGAAGUCCUUGUAGACCUCAAUGACUGCAGCAAAGCGACAUGGAUUCUGCCCGAAGAUUGUCUGCCAGUGCUGCGAGAUAUGGGCGUUGUUGAAGAGGCAGGCAUGGGUCCUGGUAAGCCCGAGGAGAAGCUUGUCAAUGAUGCUGAAGCAGAGGAAGGCAAACACGAGGGGGCGAGGACUUCGCCUGCUGGUGAUGUAGCUGAUAAAGGUGUGGUCACAGUGGUCAAGACAGUGCCGCGAGUGCGGAUAGACAAGCAGGCAGUUCGCCGAUAUGUGGCAGAGAACCGGAUCAGCCUGGAGCGCGUGUGUGAUGCUGCCGGGUUUGAGGAGGGCUACGCGAUCAAGGUGCCCGCGGUAGUGGAAGAGGAAGAGGAAGAGGAAGAGUAA